AUGGCCACCCAAUAUUUACCCUCAGAGUGGGAAAAGACCACAUACUACCACGGCAUCUCUCCCGACCCUCCUGAGCUUCUCUACCGCUCAGACUUUCUCGAGAAUCAGUUUAGUGUUCCUGAGGGUCGUAUCCAACACGUCCCUACCAAGACCAUCCAUGGCGUUUUCGACCCAAAGUUCAGGGCCGCCUGGCAUGAUCUGGGACCCAAGAUCAGGGACGUGCUGAAAGACCGCAAGAUCCGGUACUCCGCCAUCCAGCCCGCUCGUUUCGAGACGCACACCGAGGACGGGGAGAGCAAUCUCGGUCCCAUUAGGCCCGCUGUAACGGAGUGGUUUGAGGGAGCCGUCGAGCGUCUGUCUUCCAGUCGUCCGGCUCUCUUGGGCGUCACCCAUGACACCAACCCUACCUACCACGUCUUCCACGAGGGGGGCCCCAGCGGCAACGACAGCGCCAGAGUGCUCGGCGUCACCAACUGCCACGUCCUGCGCAAGGACACCACUGUCCCGUACGUGCGAGAGGACGCCGGCCGAUCGCGCCUGCCCGUCUGGAUUGCCAGCGAGCGUCGCUUCCAGCGCGGCCUCGGCGAGAUCCAAGCCGCCAUUACCGACUCAAGGCUCAGCGCCGACUUAUUGGCUCGGGAAAUCGAGGAGCUGAAGGCGGAGGGGGCUCAGAAGGACCUCGAGGCCAAGCAGGCGCAGUUGACCAAGAUGCAGAAGGACGUUAGCACCCUUGAGGCCUUCUACAACAUGGUCCAAUCCCAUUGGUCUGACAUUGAGGCUCGCAACGGCGGAUGGAUGGAUUGGGCUCCCGAGAUCUCCGUCGACCACUACACCAAGGACAUUGCCACCUUUGAAGUCGACGCGGACAAGAUCUCGGCCCAUUACAAGGGCAAUGUGGUCGACUUAGAAAACCUGCAGGCGCGAAGUACACCCUGCCGCAGCUCGUCAACAAAUUCUACCCCCCUCAACAACAGCAAGCCCGCCUUCAAGUUCCCGAUUAACCGGCAGCUCCGCAUCGACGGCUACAUCACCGACGAGGGUUUGGCCAAUCCCGACAGUUUCGACAGCAACGGCGAGCCUUGCAUCAUUGUCAUGAAGGUCGGCAACACCACCGACCUGACGGUCGGACGUUACGCCGGUCUCGAGGCCUUCGUUUGCGAUAGCCUUGGCGUCGAGUCCAUUGAGCUCGCCAUCGGUAUCCUUCACUCCGGCAUCGUCAAUGGCAAUAACAGCCUCGUCACCUACGCGACUCCCGCCUGGUGGGUUAUCGAGCAACUCAGGGCGCAGUAUCCGUACGCCGACUUCAACCGCGACCACUUCUGA